UGAAACCCUACUUGUGAUUCGUCCAAAGUAGACCAAAGCCCCGGUGAGCCGAAUGGAGUGCGAGAUGUGAUCCCGGUUCAUGCUCAGAGCCUCAUUUCCAGUAAGCUUACAACGGAACACCCCAAUCUAUUUCCAUUGUGUUUAAAUCACCAGGAUGACUGGCAUGGUGCUGGGAGUGGGUGCUGGCGUGUUCCUCCUUGCUCUGAUCUGGGUGUUGGUGCUGCUGCUGUGUGUGCUGUUAUCCAGAGCCUCUGGGAUAGCUAGGUUCUCCAUCGUCUUCGUCUUCCUGGGUGCUCUGAUCAUUACUGCGGUUCUAUUACUUUUCCCUCGAGCCAGUGAAUUCCCAGCCCCAGAGGUGGAAAUGAAGAUUGUGGAUGCCUUUUUCAUUGGCCGCUAUGUCCUGCUGGCUUUCCUCAGUGCUGUCUUUCUCGGAGGCCUCUUCUUGGUUCUUACUCAACAUAUGCUGGAACCAAUCUAUGCCAAACCACUGCGGUCCUGCUGAGUGCGGUACUGGAAACAUGGGAUGCUUUUAUGUCCGGGAUGAGCACAGAAGCACGCUCCGGAGCCUUGAUGACAGCCUUCAUGUGUUCAAACCAGCGGAGUGUCUGUCUGUCACUAAGACAAAGCCCUUGAGCCCCGCCUUUCAGAAACUCAGCAGCAAAGCAGACUCUGUGGGCGGA